AUGGCUUCUGUCAGAAUUACAGCAGGACCCUACAAAUUCCGCGCGACGUUUGAAUCGUCGGCUCCCAAAACAGAGGCACUCUUCCGCUCGCUCCUCCCAUACCGCCAAAAGCUGAUUCAUGUUCGCUGGAGCGGCGAGGGUCUGUGGAUUCCACUGGGAGAAGCUGAUUUUGGACUGCCAUUUGAGAAUCAUACGGCUCACCCUGCCGCUGGUCAGAUUUUGUUGUACCCUGGUGGCAUUUCCGAAACGGAGAUUCUAUUCUGCUACGGCGGUGUUUCCUUUGCGAGUAAAAUGGGUCCAUUGGCUGCGAAUCAUUUCUUGACUAUCACUGAAGGAAAUGAAAAGCUGAAGGCUUUGGGUGAGCUUGUGCUUUGGGAGGGAGCUCAGGAUAUUUUGUUUGAGAUGGAUAGUGCUGAUGGGUAA